AUGGGCGGCAUAGGCAGGAACCUGGCCGACAAGGCGCGGGCGUUUGGAAUGCAGAUCCGGUACCACAACCGGCGGAAGCUGGACCCGGAGCAUGAGGAGGGGGCGGAGUAUGUCGAUUUCGAGACGUUGCUGAAGGAGAGCGAUGUGCUGAGUCUGAACCUGCCUCUGAAUCCCUCCACCCGACACACCAUCUCCAAGGACCAAUUCGCCAUCAUGAAGCCCGGCAUCGUCGUCGUCAACACGGCCCGCGGCGCCGUCAUGGACGAGGCCGCGCUGGUCGAGGCCCUCGACUCCGGCCGCGUCGCGAGCGCGGGGCUCGACGUCUUCGAGGACGAGCCGAAAGUCCACGAGGGCCUGCUCAAGAACAACCGUGUGCUCCUCGUGCCGCACCUGGGCACGUACACGAUCGAGACGACGAUCAAGAUGGAGGCGUUCGCCAUCAACAAUGUCAAGAAGGCGGCGCUGGAGGGGGCGCUCAUCACGAUUGUGCCUGAGCAGCGGGAUUUGGAGGCUAGGCUGCUGGAGGGGAGGGAUGCUUAG